UGUCGUAAAGCGUCCGCUGUUCAUUACGACAGAAGCUGACGUCUUACGGCAUUUCACUUUACGUACCUAGGCCUUCCGGCUAUAUUUGGCACAGCGCUUCUUUCUUUUCUUUUCUUUUUUAAACACACUAGACGUUAGCAUUUGUGUCUGUUGAGAGUGCUACUUUCUGCUCCAACACAAUGGGGAUAGAGGAGGAAACGGACCGGACGCUCUUCAUAAGAAACCUGGACACCAGAGUGACGGAGGAGCUUUUGUUCGAGCUGUUUGUACAGGCAGGACCUCUCCUCAAAACCAAAAUCCCCAAAGACCCGGAGGGGAAGCAGAAGACAUUUGGUUUUGCAGUUUAUAAACACGAAGUGUCCGUGCCGUAUGCCAUGCAGCUGCUGGACGGGGCCAUGCUGUACGGGAGGACCAUUCAUGUGCAGUUCAGAUCAGGUAGCAGUCACAGCAGCAGUCCAGGGAACUCGCAGAACACAAGUCCUGCGAAUACCCCAAAUCCGCAUGGCCAGAGGACCCCAAACCAGUUCAGUUCUCCACCUUAUACUCCUCCGACCCAAAUGCAGAGGUCCUUUUCAUCUCCCGAUAAUCUCCAGAAGCAUGUCAUGAACAACAUGAUGUGGCUCCAGAUGCAGCAGCUUGAGCAGUUAAAUGGCGGCUUCUCCAAGCCUCUGCAGAGGCAGCUACCCGCGGGAGGAAACUCUGGCGGAGGGGGCUCGAGGCAACACGAUAGCCCCUAUCGGCAUCCGUCGCAGUUGAACAGCGGCGCUGGCGGCAGAAAUCAGCGCUACGCGGAAGAACCAGCUACCGGCCGCCAUCAGCAACAAGGCUACAGCCGGGACAGCUAUCACCAUCAGAACGACAGGAGUGGCAACCGUCACCAUGACGGCAGAGGUGGCAACAGACAUCACGACGAUAAGGGAAGCAACCGCGGCUACCAAGAUAGUAGAUGGCGACGGUACUAAGACACAUAAAGACUUCAGUUCUUCACACAUUUGCGGACAGAUUACAACAAAAAAAAAAAGGAUCAAGAAUUAUGUCGAUAAAUUCACAUGUAUACUCAGGUUGUUUGUACAUGAUACUACCAAUUUGAAGAUUUGAUAACUUAUGCCUUAGAGACAUUUUUGUUUUUACUUUUAACUCGUUUUUAAAUUUGUACACUUUUAUGUGAGCUUUUCCUCACAGAUGUCAGUUAUUUUGAGCUGUAUUGAUGAGAGCAAGGAGACAAAAAAAAAAAAAAUCAGACAUGACUAGUAGUCAUUUUGGAAGACAAAGAAAAAAGAUGUUUAAAAAAAAAGAA